AUGGCAUACUGGCUCUCACUGCUAUGCCUCUCGAUAUGGACUACGCCUCUUGCACUUGCCACGCAGACGACUGCCAAUAUCUCGGAAGAAAUUUUGAACUUUGUACCGGCUUGCGCCCAAAGUUGCUUCCAGUCCUUCAUCUCAAGCAACUUCGACUCCAGGGUAUGCGGGAACUCGCCCACGUUGCCGUGCCUGUGCCGGCAGCGGGGCAUGUCUGGGUAUACUAUCGGCGAGGGUGCCGUAUCUUGCAUCGCAGGUGAGACCAGGUUCGGGUCUUGCCAGGGCGAUGAUACAGACAGCAACCCCUCGGCGACGGCUUAUAACAUGUGUACCGGUGUGUCCGAGGCAGCAUCGAAAACACACUCGAUAAUUCGGGCUACUUUCAUCGUUUCUCCAUCAGGAACAGGUCCCCUUCUCGUGCCAACACCAACCCAGACGGCUACAAUGACAGGAACAGAAACAAGCUUGAGGCCGGUACCGACUACGACUACGGUAAGCCCAGACGAGUCGUCUACAUCCGCCGCAGCUUCACCGACGGGGGGUCAAUCCCUUCCAUCUGCGGACAAUGCACGCUCGGUCUACCCCAAUGCCCAACCGCCACUCACCGGCCAGCAGAUUGCCGGCAUAACGCUGGGAGUUGUUGCUGUUGUGGUCCUCGGUAUUCUCUUGGUGAUUAUCGCGAGAUGCAUCCGGCAGCGGAGAUUUGGCGAUCUGGAAGCCGGGUUUUCCAAGAUAAGGGAGUCGAUGAGUGUGAGGCGCAAAAGUCGCCGGUCCUCCCUCCCCUGCAUGGAAAUAACCAGUCCAUUGGCUCGGGUCCCGACAGCGAGAAACCCAGCAGACCGUGGAUGGCACGCUAAUCAGCAGACAAUGCCGCAAGGCACUGUUGGCCUUGCCAUCUCUUCGUUUGCGCCUGAGGCUGAUCCUAGAAAUCGGCCUAUACCGCCGCUCCCGCCUCUUCCGGUCCAACAAAGCGUGCCAAAGGUGGUUGUAAGCCCUCCAUCACAAAACGCGGUGCCGAAGGCGAACCGAAGUCCACCAAAGCCGACAUUGACCCUAGCUAUACCGAAAGCCCAGGAUCGGGUAAUCCGAGGCCCAGCUAACGGAAGGGAUAGUGUGGUAACAGAAUUUGCCGAGGACGGAGAGGGUGAAAUAGCCCCGGCCGGCGCUGCCAUUUGGCGACCUCCGGCCACGGAUCCUCAAUCGGCAACAAGGUACUACUUUGCAGAUAGGGGAGGCAAUUGGAUCCUGCGCAACACAUCUGCCCAAGCGCCGGAGACUGAAACGCCUCAGAGAGCGCCAGCAGUAGCAAGACCGGCCAUCUAUGAGGCUCCAUCGGCUCCGGUUGAAGUUGAGCUGCCAAGCCCAGAACAUAAGACGAGAGCCGAAAGAGCCAAGGACAGCUUCGGCGGUUUCUCACCAGAUGCUGUGGUUUCGCCACUCAGAAUUCCGUCGAAACAAGGACGAACAAAACUAGGCUCCCCAAUUGCGUUUAGGGACCAAAGUCGAGAGCCAAGGUACUCCAGCACCAGCUCCGACCUGAGAUCGCCCCAGGCCUCUCAAACCGUUUCGGGGGUGCCAAUGGCAGCCAAGAGCCGACCCCCAGACACGUACUUUGCGAUGAUACGCGAAGCUAGGGAUUUGACGGGCGGGAAGAGCAGAAGGCGCUCUUCAAGAAGAGCAAGCCGCAGGGUAUCACAGGAUUCAGCCACGUCGAUUGAGUCUGCGGUGGCAGAGCCUUUUGAGGAAGAGGACAUUAUCGAAGAUGAGCCUCAGGUUGAUUUGUCUCCGGUGGCCGAAUCCCCGCAUACGCCAAUCUCUCCAGGAAAAUCACCCGUCACGUAUCCCAGGAUGCCCCAACGCACUGGCUCACAGCAGCCGGUUAGGACUGGCAUGACACCAGAGGUAGACUUUCUUCCCGCUGCGCAUAGGUACAACAUGUGGCACCCGCCGCAAGCAAAGCCCCAAAACGCGGGCGGAAGUCUGCGGCAGGAGGUGAAUAUUACACCACCGACAUAUCCAGCAAAGUCGAGCGGACCGGCGAGGCCGUGGAACACCCCAUACCUAAAUCCAGUUCCCAGCCGUAACCCUGGACAACCGAGGACAGGAUCUCCCGACUCGCGGCUACUGCCGAUGCCUUCGGUGGAACAACAAUACCGGCAACGGCAGCAACAGGUAGCGAACCCGGCCUCGUACUGGAGCCAACCCCAAACCCGGGUGGCGCCCGUGAGGCCCUCGCGCGCCCCGCGGCGGUACGAGCUGCCUGGUGAGACCACUCUGCCCUGGCGGAACGAUCUACCCUCGCAGCGACAGCGCACUCCACAACCAGCAGAGCAGCAGCAGGAGCAGCCAUCACCACCCACGCCACAGUCAACAGGUUCCUCUAGCCAAAGCUCUCUUCUUGUCAAGCGUCGCGGCGUGGACAAGGCCGCGACCCUCGCCCUCUCCAGCGGCAACGGAGACGGCAAAGCAGAUAAUAGCAUGAUGCGAAGGGGCAAGGCUGGGUGGACAAAGGAAGAACCCAGUGGACCCGUGCCAAUCACGCCCGGGUGGGUGCCCGAGCUUACGCCCACGAGGCAAGGGGAUGAUCUCUAUCUAAAUGUGCGAUGA